AAGAGCCAUGAGGACAAUCUCAACCCAGGUUGGUGGGAGAAGUUCAUUGGUCCAGGAUGCGCAAUAGAUACUAACAAGUUCUAUGUUAUCUGCAGUAACAACUUGGGUGGAUGCUAUGGGACAUCGGGUCCUUCUACAAUCAAUCCGGUGACCCGUAAGCCUUAUGGAACCACGUUUCCCAUCAUGUGCCUAGAAGAUUUGGUCAAAGCACAGUUUGUUCUUUUGGAUCACCUUGGAAUAGAAAAGCUGCAUGGAGUUGUGGGGGCGUCGCUUGGUGGCAUGACCAGUAUCAUGAGUGGAGUGCUUUUCCCUGACCGAGUUAACCAUGUUGUGACCAUUUCUUCUUGUGCAAAGUCUCAUCCAACUUCCAUUGCAAUGCGGUACCUGCAGCGACGCACAAUCAUGUCUGAUCCCAACUGGAAUUACGGACACUACUAUGACAAAGACUACCCAAAGGUGGGAAUGAAGCUGGCAAGAGAGAUUGCAACAAUCACCUACCGAAGUGGACCUGAAUGGGACUUGAGAUUUGGCAGGGAAAGGAUAGAUUCAUCCGAACCUCCAAGCCUCUGCCCAAACUUUGUGAUAGAAAGCUACUUGGAUUACCAGGGGGAAAAAUUCUGCACCAAGUUUGAUCCUAAUUCCCUACUAUACAUUUCCAAGGCAAUGGAUCUAUUUGAUGUAUCUGAAGACUAUGGAUCGCUAACAGAAGGUCUUGGGCGGAUCACGUGUCCAGUGCUGGUGCUUGGUGUUCAGACUGACAUUCUGUUCCCAAUAUGGCAGCAACGUCAGCUCGCUAAGGCUUUGCAAGAUGCAGGUAACAAGUGGGUAACAUAUUAUGAACUCAACUCCAUAUUUGGACAUGACACGUUUCUACUGGAUCUUAAUGGUGUUGGAGCUGCGAUCAAGGGUUUCCUGGAGAGUGGUAAAGUUACGUGUGAUAAUCCUGGCAACACCUAAUUAUGUGACAACCCGAAUUUGAAUUUUUAUGUAAAAAUGGUAUUUUGGAUAUUUUCCAAUUACCACAAAGUGUGAGAAAGCAAAACUCUCGCCACAAGUCAAGCACAGUAUGAACCAAAAACGCACGUCCGGAAAGGACCGCAAAAAAUGAAGAAAACUGCCUAAAAUUCAAGUUGUAUGUUCAGAUUGGAUAUUUAUGCAAAGAACAAUAGCUCAUAAAAGCUGGCACGUGAUAUCAAACCCUGACAUGUUUUUUAUAGCAAUGUGUUGCCAUUAAAAUGAGUGUAAAAUUAAUAUAUUCUGAUUUGCAAUGGCAGAGAAAUAUCUAUUUAUACAUCGGCUAUUAUGGCAGAAAUCGAAAUGGAGAAAUCAGCGUAUUUCUACUUUUCACUAUGAUCGACCUGUGUGAAAAAUGGGUGAACGUAUUUUAUUUUUAUUUUUGUUUAGUAUGUGAAAUAUCUACUGUUAGUAACUUAGUACUUACUGCGACAUAUCCAUGACUAACUGAAACCACUAAAUUAAUCAAAUGUUCUGUGCACCUUGAGAAAUUAUGAGAAAAUACGUGGUUACCAUCGCAAUUUCAUGUGAAAUGCGCGAACGAUGUGUACUGCAUGACAUCUCUAAGCUACGUGUCAACAAACCUGGGCCUUUAUGUAAGGCUAUGUAACGAGAUGUAAAUGCUAUUUUUGACCGGGCAGUAAUUUUGACUAUCACUGGCAGAUGACAGCUAUAGAAGGGUUGAUGUUGAUGGAUACUGGUAUAGUGAAUACCAUGAAAAUGCUGGUUGUAUCAUGUCUCUGACGUCAUCAGUGACGUCAGCCGCGGCUCACUACACAUGUAUGCGGGCAAUCAAAACUCUCAGAAAGUUCACAUGCAUUGUUAUAUGGAGAAAUAUGUAUGAACAGAUGUGGCACCUAGUGUUAGCCAUCGAAUAAGAAUGAAAGUGAAAAAUCGAUAAAAUUUCACAUAUAAGCUUCAUUGUAUCCUUAAUUGUGUUGAAUAAAAUUGUUCCAUUUUAAGCGAUGUAUAGAAAGGGGUGAUAUAGUACUCUAAUACAUGCUUCGUGAACAUUACCUUGAGAUUUAAGACAUGCAGUAAGAUUAACGAAAUGUGAUAUGUAAGGAUUAUAACACCUAUGUAUUUUCUAUGUUUUUACCUGUUUUUGUCAUCGUGAUAAAAAGAUGAGAUAGGUGUUAUAUUUUCAUUGUAAAAGAAAAUGUUACAAAUAAGUAUUAUGUUAAAAUUAGUAAAUAAUGUUAUAAGUAAUUAUGAUGUACCAUCAUACAGAUAAUAUACCAUAAAUCUUACAGGAA